CGCACCUAGGUCACCUCCCGAAGUCCCACCCCACAUACCAUCACAUCGAAGAAAAAUUUUCGAAGUCGGGUUGAGCAGUAUCAGCAGUCACAGCGCUUUGUCAAGUCAGCUAGAUCCCACCAAACAUGUCCCGCGGCAUCGUUCAAGCCAGUCGUGCUGUCCGCUUUGGCGGUGCGCUUCGACCCACCCCCGUCGUCCUCAAGCAAUCCAAUCCCGUGCCCAGCGUGGGAAUUCCUGGACCCACAUUCAGCGACCGUACCAGUCCAGCCGCACCUCCUGGUCAAGCACCUACCCAUCCUGGCUACACCCACGAGAGCACUCCCAUCACCAGCGCUCAUCCUCGAGACAUUCCAGGGGUGGAUGGAGCAGCCCCUGCUUCUCGAGUGCCCGGAGCGAGCACUGUUGCUGGCCAGCCUCACGUCGAGGUGCACACGUUGGCCGAAGGUGCUAAGAUUGGAGGAUCGGACGCCAUUCGACCAGAGGAGCGCAACGUAAAAAAUUGGGGUCCCAACCAACGCACACCAGAGUUCAAUGAACUAGAGGGUAAAAGACGCCCUGUACUCGAUGGAGGAUCCAACGAAGGCGGUCUUGGACCUGAUGGCAAGAGCAGAACGUGAGCAUCAUCUUCGCCCUCCUGUCCGUUGCAGCGCUACCUGAAGACCCUUUGAGACCCGAACACCGUCUAUGCAUCUGUACGGACUAGAACUCGCAAAUGCAAUGUGAUCAUCGCUUGUCUUAGUUUGUCCUCC